UGGUGAGCGCUGUGAAUUGUGUAGGACUGUUGAAUCACAGACCUGUACCUCUGAAAUGAAUAAUACAUUAUAUGUUAAAAAAAAAAAAAAAAAGAUAGUAGGAAGGGAGAAAUGAAGGGUGGGAAAUCGGAGGGGGAGACGAACCAUGAGAGACUAUGGACUCUGAGAAACAAACUGAGGGUUCUAGAGAGGAGGGGAGUGGGGGGAUGGGUUAGCCUGGUGAUGGCUAUUAAAGAGGGCACGUACUGAAUGGAGCACUGGGUGUUGUUACACUCAAACAAUGAAUCAUGGAACACUACAUCAAAAACUAAUGAUGUAAUGUAUGGUGAUUAACAUAACAUAAUAAAAAAAAAUAAAAAAGAAAGGCUGUCAAAAUCCUCCUGAUUUUAGGCACUUAUGAAAAAUACACUUGGGGCGCCUGGAUGGCUCAGUUGGUAAACGUCUGCCUUUGGCUCAGGUCAUGAUCCCAGGGUCCUGGGAUAGAGCCCCGCAUCGGGCUCCCUGCUCAGUAGGAAGCCUGCUUCUCCCUCUCCCACUCCCCCUGUUUGUGUUCCCUCUCUUGCUGUGUCUCUCUCUGUCAAAUAAAUAAAUAAGUCUUUUAAAAAAAAGAAAAAUACGCUUAUAAAAAAAAAUAUAUGUACUAAAAACAUAUUCCUCUUACCUCAAAAAUAUAUACCAUGCAUUAUGGAGAUCAUUGUGGAACAAGUAAAUAUCAAGGCUCUUUUUCCAAGUUCAAUGUCUGUCUAAGAAAUGGAAAAUAGUAACACUUGAUUUUAAGGAAAAUAGAACAGUACAUGUGUUUCUAUUGGCAUCUAUGAAAUAGGAAUAAGAGUAAACACUCACAAAAGUUGUUUAAGGAUUAAAUUAAUAGUAGAUGUAAAAUGUUUAGUGCAAUAGUUGGUGCAUAGUUAAUAUUCAGUAAGUGUCAGCAAUUAGUAGUAGUAGUAAUGUCAUUAUUAUUUAUAACAUGGUAAUUCCUCCACAUACACCCUACCCCACCAUCAAACCAAACUCUUGUGAUUCGCCACACUGUUUCAUGACCCCACACCUUGCACAUGCUGAGCUCUCUUUUUGAAUAUCCUUUCCCUGCUUUCCCUGGUGAACUCUUACCCAUCACCCCCAAAGUUCAGCCCUGAAGCUUCCUCCUCCUACAUGUCUUCCCUAAUGCCUUUGCCUGUCUUGGCUGCACUUAACUGUUUCCCAGGGUAUCCUGCAUAACUGCCUCUCCUAGCAACUGAGAAUGUGACUUUUUUUUACUUGAUCCCCCUCACUUCCAACACACACACACACACACACACACACACACACACUCUUCCAACACACACACGCGUGCGCCUCACACUUCAUUUUUUUUCCCUGUAGAAAUGUCAGUUGUAAUGAAUGAAUCCACUCCUGUAUAAAAAGAUAAAGUUUUUUUUCCUUCAUGAGUAGGAAUCAGGCUAGAAUAUGUACUUGGUAGCCUUAGUUGUGAGGGGGAAAUUGGGUGAGGGUGGGAAAAGCUGGAGGAUGCAACUUGGCAGCCCUGGGACCUGGCUCUGCCACAAGCCUAACCCUGUGGUCUCCAAUGAGUCAUUUAACUUCUCUGGACUCAGUUUCCUUCUCAACAAAAUGAGAGGGUUGUACAAAAUAUUCUCUGAGGAUCCAGCCAGUGCCAACAUGUAUAUGAUGCUGAACAUUGCUUCAUCUCAGUGGUUCUCUAACUUCUGCAGACAUCAGAAUCAUCAGCAGGGCUUGUUAAAACACUGAUUCCUGGUCAGCAGGUCUGAGAUGGGGACCAACUAUUUACAUGUUAACAAGUUCCCAGGUGAUGCUGAAACGAUACAUUCGGAGAACCACUGACUAAUCUUAACACAGGAUUCUGACCUUGUCCAGUAGUCACCUGGCCAAGAGCACUCCUGAUAUGCAAAUUCACAAGGGAUGGAGGCACCGAAACCCAGGCUUCUGUGAGGCUACCAUCAGGAGGACUGGGAGCCUGUGGGUAGGUCCCAAGAGCGGCCACAGAAGGCAAACUUUGCUGAACAAAACAGUUCUGUUAAAGGCCUACCUUGUGGGGAAGAGGCAACCUGAGUUCGCAAUGCUGUGAGGCACAGAAAAUAGAUUCCCAGGUUUGACCCAUUUGCUAAAACCACUGCCGCUGAAGUUACAACGCAUUACUGGUGCCAUCUAGCGAUGGCUCUGAAUUACUGCAUCUAGAGACGACAAUGAAGUGCUUUCUUUUGGACACGGCUUCUUUUUUUUACAGAACUAUGUUCAAGAUGAGAACCUUUAAGAAUAAGCUCUAAUGUACUCUGGUACUGUCCACAUUUGUAUCUAGGUACUAUAAAAAUAAAUAUGCGUAUAUCACUUACUAUGUACUAGGCACUGCUCUAAUACUUUAUAUAUGUUCAGUUAUGCAGAGCAACCCAAUGAGACAGAUACAAGUAUUAUCCACAUUUUCCCAGAAAGGAAAUAUAAUCUCAAGAUACAAAAAAAUGUAAGGACCUUGCCUGAGGCUGCCCAAACAGUAAAGCCUUACAGCUGGACUUGAACCUAGACAGCUCCCGGAGAGAGAUUACUCUGGCCAGCCUUUCUUAUACUGGCAAUUUAAAACAGUUACCAAAACAACUGUUACUUGUAAAUAGUUAUGAGGUCCCAGGUCAAUGUCUGAAAAAACUCAUAAAAUACAUACUGAAGCAAUGAGUUUUUUUCUGAUUCUUCCUAAUGAAAUCAAUUCAUGUGGAUAAAGACAUGCUUCUACCUACACAAAAAGCGCAACAACUUGGAAUCAACUUCCAACUUAUCAUGCAGCCUUGGACAACUCGAUUAACCUCUCUGGGCUCCACUUUCUAUAAAGUAGGGAAAAAAUUAAAAUGUAAUUUACAUUGUUUGGGAGUUCUUUCAAACCAGAUUGAAUUGUAGAGUUCGAGUUAUCCAGUUAUGUGAUCACAAGAGCAAAUACAGAGAGGAUGGGCAGUGACUGUAUAGGGUUUUCUUAAAUGGUCCAACGGGUGGGAAAUAUGCCAGGACAGAAGACUCGAUAUUCUGGUCUCUUGUCCAGAAGCGCAGUAAAUAAUAACACUCAUGGCAUUUGCAGUGAAGUGAAGAGCUCACCCAGGGAGAUGUACGUUUCUCUUGUCUUCCUGGAUGCUGCCCUUGGCCUGUGCACCUGAACCCUGCACUCCUGCCUGUUUCGGCCUCCCAAGAGUCCUCACCAAAGGGCUCUUGCAGAAAACUCACAUCUUUGCUGGUGGACUCAAGUUCAACCCCCCUCACUUCAGACUCUUUUAUCAGAGAUUUGCUUGGAUUUAAACCUGGUCCUUGCUAAUUCUUUUAGCUUCUUAUCUAAGACUUGUGUUACUAAACUAUUUCUUACCUCAAUAACCCAAACACUACAGAAUGGUUACCAAAACAAAGCACUAGUGGUUUCUUUUUAUUGUGUACUUAUAAUAUGUUAAGAUCUGCUGAUAUAAAGAUUCUUGAUAAUGAAGGAAAAUAAACACGUAGACAGAGCUAUAGAAAUAAAGGGUAAUAAAACAUAGUAGAGUAAAAUAUCACUAUCUCGCUUACUAGAUUUUUUAUGUCAUUCCAAGUAUUUGCACAGCAAACUCAGAAUUAAGCUAGAUAAAGUUUAUUAUCAACCUUAUUUGAGAAAUUAAGGAAAUUGAAGCACAGAAAUUUUAAACAGCUUCAAAAAAAUAAGUGAAUCAUUGAAGGUCCAUAUAUCUCAAUUUUUUGGUCUCUGCUGGCCCCACAAUUAUAGUUUCUUUCAACAAUACAAUCUUGAUACAGGAUGACUACCUCCUGAUACUUUGAAUUAGAAAGAAGUUCCUUGUACAAAUAUGGUAGAAGUAAAAGAUUAAUUAGACCUUAAGCAUAGUAAAAAGUAUUAAUUCGCUUCAUCCCAGCUGAGGAGCGAAGAACGUUCAGCUAUAAAAAUGGGCAGAAAUUUCCUCGAUCGUAUCAGUGGUACUGGUCUGUUCUCUUGUGCAAACUGCGAUACACUCCUGACCAACCGCUCAGAGCUCAUCUCCACUCGGUUCACAGAAGCCACUGGCAGAGCAUUUCUUUUUCACAAGGUAGUUAACCUGCAGUACAGUGAAGUUCAACACUGGGUCAUGCUCACUGGCCACCACAUGGUUCGAGAUGUGAGCUGCAAGAACCGCAGUAGCAAACUGGGAUGGAUCUAUGAGCUCGCCACUGAAGACAGCCAGCGCUCUAAGGAAGGCCGUGUGAUCCUGGAACGCGCUCUAGUACGAGAGAGUGAGGGCUUCGAGGAGCACGUACUAUCUGAUAACUCUUGAAGAGAAAGAGAUAACUCCAUCUUUUCCCAGGUCUCCUUCACAGAAAACAAAAAUCUACUUACAUACACUGUCACCUUAGCAUCAGGGUCAGAUUCAUGAACUGCGGAACAAGAGGUUGUGAGAAUCUAAGAGGGAACCUUUUUUUCUUCUUUCUUUCUUUCUUUCUUUCUUUCUUUCUUUCUUUCUUUCUUUCCUUUCUUUCUUUCUUUCUUUCUUUCUUUCUUUCUUUCUUUCUUUCUUCUUUUUAAUUUUCAAUUUUCCAGUGUGUAGAGAGAAUAUUAUGCAGAUGCCGUUAAUUUUUUUUCCCCUAUGUUUACAUCUUGAAGCGGAAUAGUCUAUCUGCAGCUACAUGAUGGGCUAUGUGAGGAAAAAAAAUCUGGGCUGUUAGAGUGGAAAAGUGUGUUUUAUGUAAAUUUUGAAAGGAAAAUGUGUCAAGACCAUGGUUUUUAAACUUAUUUGUGCUUCCUUUAAGAAAAAUGUUUUUUAAACCCAGUUAUUUGACUUGAUUCGCUAGCUUCAGGGAAGAGACCCGACUCUGUGACCAGCGCUAAGGUUCCGUGUUGGUAUGGCUUGUGCCGGCCACUGUGCCGUAUUCCUUCUGGAGAAUUGUCAGCACCAGAGCCCUCCUUCCUUGUCAGUCUUGACCCAAAGAUGUCACCAUUCCUGGUUAUUUGUCACAUAAUUGGUGUUGAUUGCAAACUUUCCUGAAAUGGGGCAGAACUGCUUGGUUGUCUUUUCCAUGUAACUUAAACAUAGUAAUAUAAAUAAAGUAAUAGUUGGGGGGGGAAAGUAUUAAUUCACUGAACAAACAUGUGUUGAAAAUCUACUAUGCACCUGGCACCAUUUUAAGUUUAGGGGAUUUAGCAGUGAAUGAGGUCAGAAAUGACAUUCCAGCUUCAGAGCUAACAAUUCCAUCUAGUUGAAGAGAACACAAUAAACGAGAAAAAAAUAAAUAUGUAAUACUGUGUCUGGUAAUGAAGAAAAACCAUUACCAUAGGAGUAGAGAGCACUGCUUUAAAUCGAAUGAUGCAGGCAGACCUCUCUGAGAUGACAUUUGAUCAGAGGUCUGAAGGAGGCCAGUUGUGCAGAGAUCUGAAAGGGAGCUCAGGCAGAGAGAGAAGCAAGUGCAAAGUCCCAGGGUUGGGAGCCAGCUGGGCUGGUUCCAGAAUAGCAAGGAGACCACCGACCAGAGCACUGACAAGAUGGGGUCCGGGAAGAGGGCAGGGCCAUAGUAUGCAUGCCUUGCGGGCUGUGGAGGCAACUUAGAGUUCACAGAAAUCCAGUAGGGAGGCAUGGGAUGGUUUUGACAGGGUCUGGUCUACAUCAUGAAUUCAUCAUUCUGAUUUCUCUGGGCAGAUUAGACCGGAGCAAGAGUGGAGGCAGGGACUCCAGUGAGGAGGUUAUAACAAUGGUCCAGGCAGAACAGGAUAGCACCUAGGCAGUAGUGGCUCAGGAUGCCUCCUUAUGGAGAGGUCCUAAAACUCGCUGAUGCACUGGCUGUGUGAGAAAGGGACAUCUCAGGAACAUCUCCUAGGUAUCUAAAAUUGUCCAGGGGCGCCUGGGUGGCUCAGUUGGUUAAGCGACUGCCUUCGGCUCAGGUCAUGAUCCUGGAGUCCCUGGAUCGAGUCCCGCAUCGGGCUCCCUGCUAGGCAGGGAGCCUGCUUCUCCCUCUGACCUUGCCCCCUCUCAUGUGCUCUCUCUCUCAUUCUCUCUCUCAAAUAAAAAAAAAAAAACUUUAAAAAAAUAAAAUUAAAUUAAAUUAAAAAAUGUUUAAAAAAAUAAAUAAAUAAAAUAAAAAAUAAAAUAAAUAAAAUAAAAUAAAAUAGUCCAACUCAUAGAAGCAGAAAUAGAAUGGUGGUUGCCAGGGAUCGGGGGGAAGAGGAAAUGGAAAGCUGCUACCAGAUGUGUAUAAAGUGUCAGUUGUUCAAGAUGAGUAAGUUCUAGAGAUCUGUUGGAUCACAUUGUGCUUAUUGUUAACCAUAUUGUACUAUACCUUUAAAAAUUUAUUAAGAAGGUAGAUCCCAUGUUAUCUGUUCUUACUACAAUAAAGAAGAAGGAGAAAAAGAAGAAGAAAGAAGAAAGAAAGAGAGAGAGAAAGAAAGAGAGAGAGAGAGAGAGAAAGAAAGAAAGAAAGAAAGAAAGAAAGAAAGAAAGAAAGAAAGAAAGAAAGAAAAAAGUGAUGCUGCUGUCCAAAUAACAUCAGACUAUAAAAACUGCAAUAACUCUGAGAAACAAUUUUUUAGGGAAAUAAAAUCAGUUUUUCAACAUUAUCUUUUGUGAAUCAUACAAUGUCAUUUAAUCAUAGCUUACCUCAAAACUUAAAUUUGGAAUGUUAUUAUGCAUUUAUCAAAAUAAAUAUAAAUUUGAAAAAGGGCUACAUAAACUCUCAGAAUUUUUUAUUGGAAAAAAAAAAGAAUGUCUCUUAAACUUUGAGCUUGAGCAACUAGAUAAGUAGUAAUAUCAUUUUCCAAAACAGGGAAGCUUGAGGUACAAUAAGCUUUCCAAAACUUGUAGCCCUCUCACCCUCUAAUUGUAUUAGUUAAUCUGAUUUCAGAAUUUUAAAUUCAAGAAUCUUUAAGCUACAUUGCCACUUUUUAAAGAAUGAGCCAUGUACAGCCACCGUGACACCUGGCUACCAAUAGAAUCCCACUCUGCGAGAGAAUUCUGAACCAGACACUCAGCUGGAGCCGGUGUGAUGCUUCUAAGUGUUCUUUUGUAAAAUAGUUUCAAAGACCCGUGACUAGAGAAUUAUAAAAUCGUGUCCUCUGUUUCCGACAUGUUUAUAAAUAUGAAUAAUGGAAGCAGAGCUCUCCAGGCUCUUAAGAAGUACAAGGUACAAAUCCACGGUUCAGUUAAAAGGAAUGUUAAAUAUCGGCCUGAGAUUUAUACUCUUGAGAAAGAAAUGUUACAGUGGAAUCAGGGAAGCAAUGUGCUGGGUUUGUGAGUCAGCAGCUCUUUUGUGGGAGGCACCGUCUUGAACUGGGUCAGGCAGCUAUGUGGUACUGAGAUGGGCCUCAAAGGUUUGGGGACAUUGCCAUCAUAUCACCCAUGCCUGAUUGAUAAGAGCAAGAAAACACUUUUGGAGUACAAAGACUUAGUCAAAAUCACCAGUAAAUCUGGGAUAGAGCCAAAAUUUAGUAAACGGUAGUUGGUAAAUGGACACAGAAAUUACUGGAUUCAUAUGCAGAGAAAAUCAAAGGCACAGCGAAUUCCAAGGAAAUUGGGACUGCAGUUCCUUUGCCAGGUCCCCACUUAUACAGAGAAGGGCUCCUUUCAGCAUGUUCACCUGUCUCAUGGAUACUAACUAGCUAUGAUCAUUUUUGUAGAAGAAAAAGAAAUGAAAUUUAGUGGUGUAUAAACUGUAUAAAGACAAGGGCCUUUCCGUCUUCUUUAGUGUUGUGUCCCCAGCAAUUAGAACUGUCCUUGGCACACACUGGGCCCUGAGCAAAUCUUCGCUGAAUGAAUAAAAACAUAAAAGCUGGAAUAAAUGAUUAAAUCUAAGGAAGGCAAGGAAUCUUU